GAACAUAACGCUAAGUUGGUAGUGUGUAUAUAUAUAUUUUUGCACUCAUGUCGUGAAGAUGUCUGAAGAAGCGCUGGAUGAAAUGUCAGCUCUGUCUGCAAUUUUCUGUGAAAAAGACGAAUUUCAGUUGAUUGAGGAAUCAGCUCAGACAGGACUCGUGUACUGCAUCUCCACUGCGAUCGACACAGACAGCGGGAAAAAAACCCUGAACCUCACUUUCCAUCUCCCUCCCCAGUACCCUCAAUCCCCUCCUGAUAUCAGCGUCACUUCCGGCGAUUUCUCGAGGGACCUCUGCCAGGAGCUAAAGAGAGCGAUGCUUAGGAAAGCUCACACUCUUCCACCUGAGCCCAUGGUCCACCAGCUAGUGAUGUGGCUUCAGCACAAUUUCACCGACCUGAUUACAAUCCCAAACAGCCCAGGAGAAUCAAACACAGCUAGCGAGGACAGUAAAGCACAGGACAUGUGGACAGCGUUGUUUCAUCUAGAUCAUAUGCGCGCUAAAGCUAAAUAUAUCAAACUGAUUGAAAAGUGGACCUCAGAGCUGGGUUUGACGGGGAGACUGUUUGUGGGAAGGCCGAUUUUGAUUUUACUGCAAGGAACGAAGGAAAGCAUUAAGGAAUAUAUCCACCUCCAGAGGACGGUGAAAGUCGAUGUGGACUCGUCAGGCAAGCGGUGCAAAGAGAAGAUGAUGAGGGUUUUAUGUGAAGUGCCCCUUACUGAGGAUUUUAAAAGAAUCGUAACGUUUGAGGUUAAAGAAGACUUGUCUUCAGAGGACCUGAGAAGGGAGUUUGAUUCGGUCGGAUCGAUGAAGCUUUACCAAGAAUUUGUUCCCUCUUUACAAUAAAUGACUGAUAAAUUAU